AUGGAGCUCUGGAACGGCGAUUUAUCGGAGCUGGAGGUUGGGAGUUCCGUCGAGUCGUUCCAGAGGUUUUUGGCUUCUCAGAGAGAACUCUUACAUAGUCAGAUCGAUCAGUUUCAGGAAAUUAUUGUCACGCAAUGCAAACUCACCGGCGUCAAUCCUCUCUCUCAAGAAAUGGCUGCUGGUGCUCUGUCAAUAAAAAUCGGAAAAAGACCUAGGGAUUUAUUAAAUCCAAAGGCUGUAAAUUACAUGCAAUCAGUUUUUUCUAUUAAAGAUGCAAUUAGUAAGAAAGAAUCUCGUGAGAUCAGUGCUUUAUUUGGUGUAACAGUAACACAGGUGCGUGAUUUUUUCACUAGUCAACGUUCAAGAGUGAGGAAACUAGUUCAAUUGUCAAGGGAGAAGGCAUUAAAAUCUAAUUCUUGUGCCGAAUCUCUUGAUGUGCAAAUGAACUCUGAUCCCGUGAGAUCAAUAAAUCCAGCUCCCUUAAACUCAGAUGGUGCCAUCAGCAUGGAAGAAGCAUCCUGUUCAACACAGGAAGCAGCUCUUUCUGACCUGGAUGACUUAGAUAAACAAUUUGUCGAGAACAUUUUUGGACUAAUGCAGAAAGAGGAAACAUUUUGUGGACAGGAGAAGUUGAUGGAGUGGAUAUUGUCAAUACAGAACUUUUCCGUCUUGUUAUGGUUUUUGACCGGAGGAGGUGCAAUAACUUUAGCAAAUUGGUUGACUAAAGCUGCCGUUGAAGAGCAAACAAGUGUACUGCUUCUUAUCUUGAAGGUUCUUUGUCAUUUGCCUUUACAUAAAGCCCUUCCUGCACACAUAUCAGCUUUAUUGCAGAGUGUUAAUAGACUACGGUUCUACAGAACAUCAGACAUAUCUAACAGGGCAAGGGUUUUGUUAUCAAAGUGGAGCAAAUUGUUAACAAGGAACCAAGCCAUAAAGAAACCCAAUGGUGUUAAGCCUUCCUAUGAUGGUCAAAAAGAGACGUUACUUUCUCAGAGUAUUGGUCAAAUAAUCGGCCCUGAAUCAUGGCAUUAUGAUGUUCCUGAAGAUAUUCUUGCUCUCUCGAAUGAGUUUUCAGAUAAUUUCAGGAAAAUGGGACCUCAAUCUGUGAAAUUGUUGCCGCCCAGCUCAGAUGAUUGUAAUAAGAAACCUCCCCUUGGUGUAUCUUCAUCUCAAUCUAGAGAGCGCAGAAAAGUGCAAUUGGUGGAACAGCCAGGAUCGACGAGUAGAAGUCCACAGGCGGCAAGGUCAGGGCCGGUAAGUCAAGGCCGUCCUAUGUCUGCCGAUGAUAUCCAGAAAGCAAAAAUGCGCGCGUUAUUUAUGCAGAGUAAGCAUGGGAAAACUGCUUCGAAAGAAAAUAAAGAAGCCAAAAUCAAAAGUCUGAGUAAAUCUCCGAAGGCCAGCAUUGCAGUUUGCUCUUCUAAAGUUCCAGCGCCGCUCAAAAUUGAAGAAAAGAAGCCUCUGUUGUUUUCCUCUAAAACUACUAAUAGGCUGGAAGCUUCUUAUUCUAAACUGAAAACAGAUUUGAAGGAAACUCUCCCGGAGAAGUGCAAGAGGGUGAAAAUCUUCUGGAAAACACCAGCAGAAAUAAAACUUCCAGAUACAUGGAGAGUUGGUGCUGGUCAAAAUAGCAAAGAGGUUCAUAUCCAGGAAAACAGAAACCGUAGGGACAAAGAAGCUAUUUAUCAGACAGUACAAGAGAUGCCCUCUAACCCCAAGGAUCCUUGGGAUUUUGAAAUGGACUAUGACGACUCUUUGACACUGGAAAUUCCUAUUGAACAGCUACCAGAUAGUGAUGAUCAAGAAAUAGUAGAUGCAUCCAUUGAAGUUGCAAUUGCAACAAACUCUGCUGUUCAAGGGGUGGCCUCCUCAUCUUCAGCCAGUAAUGCAGCCACUGCUGAACCCGAUUUAGAGUUGCUUGCCGUACUGCUAAAAAAUCCAGACUUGGUAUUUGCCUUAACUUCUGGACAAAUUGGCAACAUCUCAAAUGAGGAAACCUUGAAGCUGCUUGACAUGAUCAAGAGAGGCAGUGUGAACACAGGAUUAAAUGAAAAUGCAAAUAGAAACUACAGUACUAGUGCAAUGGCCCCUGAGAAGGUGGAAGUUUCUCUCCCAUCUCCAACCCCUUCAAGCAAUCCAAGCACGAGUGGAUGCAGCAUAGAAGCACCAAAGAAUCCAUUUACAAGGCAAAACUUAGCAUCUGAUAGACGAAGUUUUCAGAGCUCUUCUUCAAUUGCAACUGCCAACUUAUCAUCUCAGAUUUCAGCAACUAGUACUACAGUAAGGCAACAACAUACAUUUGUUCCGUUUUCGAAGCAGCUCCCUGGCACAGUUUCUACAUAUUCACUACCUCAGCCAAAUAAUAAUAUUCAUGAAAAACAACCACUUCACUCUCUUCCCUCAGUCUAUGCACAAACACCAUUCUCUGAUAGAGGUUUAGCUAUGAACAACUCAAUCACUGCCGAUGUAUCUCCAGUCGGUGCUCAUACACAUGCAAUGCGGACUGAUGGCAUAAGUAACAUAAAACCAGUAGUACCUAAUUCUACUAUGCAAGAGGGUUUGCCUAAUUCAUUCCCACAAUCCUUCGCGUUGAACUCACCAACAACAUCACGCUCAGUCACACAACAACAAAGAAAUACGCAUAUGAUGCCUCACCAGCCCCAUUUUUCUGAACCAUCUUAUCAAAACCCUGUCCGUCCCUAUCAACCACAGUUCGAAAAGUCAGUUCCUGCAUCAGAUUACCGGAGAGUUAGGCAGGAUAUGCCACCGAGUUAUCAUUCUCAACGAAAUCAUGACAACUAUAACACAUUGGUUGGGGGAUCCAUGCCAUCUGGUUCUUGGGAUAGAAACAAUCAUGAAAGAGGGGGAUUUGAAACAUGGAGUCCGGAGAAUAGUCCAACUAGGAAUCCUAGGUAUGUUCAAGGUAGGAAUCUCCCAGAUUCCAGAACGAAUCAUGUAAGAAAUAAUAGACCUGAAUGGUCAAGGCAGCGGGGUUCUUCUGGACAUUGGAACCCUGGUAGGCACGAGAACAGAAAGUGGAAUGAUCAGAGACGAUAA